AUGCCAAUCGCCUUCUGGGAUGCAGGCAAGGCUGAUAUUACGGGGCCCGUGGCUGACGUCAACCUCAUGGGCUACGCCAACCCGGACCAGUAUGCGGCGGGCAUCCACAUCCGCCUGUAUGCCCGCACCUUCAUCGCCGCCGACGCCGCCAACCCGACCCGCCGCUUUGCGUUUGUCAACAUGGACGCGGGCAUGGCCUCCCAGGCAGUCACCUUCACGGUGGUGGCCCGCCUGCGGGAGCUGUACGGCGAGCUGUACACCGAGCAGAACGUGGCGCUGAGCGGCACGCACACGCACUCGGGGCCCGCGGGCUACCUGCAGUACGUUGUGUAUGGCAUCACCUCCCUCGGCUUCUACCCCCUCACAUUCAACGCCCUGGUGGACGGCGUGGUGCUGAGCAUCCAGCGCGCGCACGACAGCCUGCAGCCGGGGGGGCUGUCUGUGGCGGCGGGGGAGCUGCUGGGGGCCAGCAUCAACCGCAGCCCCACCGCGUAUGUGGAGAACCCCGGGUGGGAGCGGGCGCGGUACCGCCACGACACCGACAAGCACAUGACGCUGCUGCGCCUGGACGAUGCACGCGGGAGGGCCCUGGGCGCCUUCUCUUGGUUCCCAGUGCACGGCACCAGCAUGAACAACACCAACAGCCUGGUGUCGGGAGACAACAAGGGCGCCGCCGCGCAGUUCAUGGAGCGGUGGGCGGCGGCGGCGGCGGCUGGAGCGCCUGCGCCAGCAGAGCUGGUCCCUGGGCACACCGCCGGCGCCGCCAACGUGUCUGCCGGCCUGGUGGCGGCCUUCUGCCAGGCCAACGUGGGGGACACGUCCCCCAACACCCAGGGCGCCUUUUGUGGCGACACGGGCGAGCGGUGCGACGCGGUGCACUCCACCUGCGGCGGCCGCGUGCAGCAGUGCAUCGGGCGCGGCCCCGCCUGGCCCAACCACGCAGAGUCGACCCGCAUCAUCGGGCAGAAGCAGGCCGACAAGGCACAGGAGCUGCUGCUGGGAGAGCGGGAGGUGCUGGGGGGGCCCAUUGACUACCGCCACGCCUUCCUGGACAUGCGGGGCAUCCGGGUGCGGGCAACCAACUUCACACAGCCCGGCACCACCUGCAAGCCCGCCAUGGGCUUUGCCUUUGCGGCGGGCACCACCGACGGCCCCGGCGCGUUUGACUUCCGCCAGAGCGACACCAACGGCACCGCCUUCUGGCGCCUCGUGCGCAACUUCAUCCGCAAGCCCACGCCUGAGCAGGAGGCGUGCCACGCGCCCAAGCCCAUCCUACUGGAUGUGGGUGAGAUGCACUACCCGUACGAGUGGGUGCCUUACAUCACCGAGAUACAGAUCCUGCGGGCGGGGCGCCUGGUCAUCCUGUGCGUGCCGGGCGAGCUGACGACGAUGGCGGGGCGGCGGCUGAAGCGUGCGGUGCAGGCCACGGUGGGCGCGGCGUGGGGCGAGGGCCUGCACAUUGUGGUGGCGGGCCUCACCAACACCUACGCCUCCUACAUCACCACGCCAGAGGAGUAUGCGGCACAGCGGUACGAGGGAGGCUUCACGCUGUACGGCCAGCACACGCUGGACGCAUACAUCCAGGCAAGCGCUGGAGGCUGGGUGGGGCUGGAGUUCAUGCGCCUGGCGGCGGCCAUGGCAGCAGGCGAGGCUACGCCGCCCGGCCCCCAGCCCCCCAACCAGCUGGCGCAGCAGUGGUCGCUGGUGCCGCCGGUAGUGGCAGACGGCGUGCCGGCUGGCAAGCGGUUUGGUGACGUGGCGGAGGAUGUGGCGGCCGGCAGCUACGGGCCUGGGGACACCGUGGCCGCCGUCUUCCACGCCGGCUGCCCUCGCAACAACAUCCGGGCAGAGGGCACGUUUCUGACGGUGGAGCGCCUGGAGGGGGACGGCAGCUGGGCGGUGGUGCACACCGACGCCGACUGGAGCACGCGGUUUGCGUGGGGGCGGCCCCACUCGCUGUCGGAGCUGUCGUUUGCGACCAUCAGCUGGGAGGUGCCAGGGGGCACGCCGCCGGGCACCUACCGCCUGCGCCACUUUGGGGACUGCAAGCCCUGGUUCCGCAGCGCGAAGCCGUAUGAGGGCAGCAGCCGGGAGUUUGUGGUGGAGGCAAGCGGUGGCGGUGGCAGGGGCGGCACGGGCGGCAGCGGCGGCGGCGGCGCGGGGCUGUGGGCGGAGGUGAAGCAGGUGCUGGCGGCGCUGGGGCGCAAGGCGGGCUUCGGCUGGCAGCUAUUGCCUGAGCACUAG